AUGAAUCCUGCUCAAAGAAAUGAUUGCCGCCAUACUUUAGAAGAAAUUUUAGAGGGAAAUGAAAAAAUAGCCUGGAGAGAUUUGGCAAUCGGAAUAAUAUUUUUGAUACAAACUGUGGUUGGACUUCUGGGAAACUUUUCUCUGCUUUAUCAUUUUUUUCUUCACCAUAUGCAAAGCAGACUGAGGUCCAUAGAUUUGAUUCUUGAGCACCUGUUUAUAGCUAAUUCUUUAGUCAUUCUUUCAAAAGGACCCUCCCAGGUAAUGGCAGCCUUUGGGCUGAAACAUUUAAUCAGUGAAUUUAUUUGCAAGCUUAACUUGAAUCUCCUCAGAGUGGGCAGGGCUAUGUCAAUUUGUAUCACGUGCCUCUUGAGUGUCUUCCAGACUAUCGUAAUCAGCCCCAUGAACUCUUGUUGGAAGAAUCUUAAAAUAAAAGUUCCAAAGUAUAUUGGCUUCUGCAUGUGCCUCUGCUGGUUGCUACACAUGGGAAUAAAUUUCAUUUUUCCUCUGUGUGCAUUGCAUAUAUCUGGAAAAUCAGAAAGCAGAAACAUAACAAGAAUAAGACACUUGGGGUUCUGCACUGUUGUAGAUUAUGGGGAAACUAUGCACUCAGUGUAUGUUGCAUUAGUAGUAUCCCCUGAGGUAUCCUUCAUUGUGAUCACAGUAUGGACCAGUGGCUCUAUGAUUUUUAUGAUGCACAGACAUAAAAAGCAGGUUAAGCACAUUCAUAGCACUCAUGUCUCCUCCAGAUCCUCUGUGUCAAGAGCCAUCAAAAGCAUUUUUCUUCUGGUGAGCACCUUUGUAUCAUUUUACUUCAUCUCCUCCAUGCUUCACAUUUAUAGGGCUGUUUUUAUUAAUUUCAAUUGGUGGUUCAUGAAUAUUUCCGGCCUCAUUUCUGUGUGUUUUCCAACUAUCAGUCCCUUUCUGGUCAUGAGCCAAGAUUCCUCUAUAUUCAUGUUCUGGUCUGACUGGGUAAGAAAUGCAAAAAGCCUUCUUGUCAAAAAUAUAUAA